CGCAGAAUGACCCGCACUGAGACAGAGAGCGCGUGAGCAGACGGUCCCGGGACGGUUCUGAGGACAAAAGGAGAAACAUCCGAGAAACUUCCUGAAGAGCACCGGAAACAGCUCCGCGCACCUGCACAGAGUACCAUGAUGAUUAAGCCGUACCUGCGACCAGCCGAGGGAGACGAGGUGAUUGGCUCUCUGCAGUGGAUGGAAGAAGACCUGAGCUCACCUGAGGGGGACGCUUUAGUCUCGUCCCAUCACUACAAAGCGGCCGGGGCGAGCCAGCAGGCCACAGAGAUGGGAAGCGAGGACGCGGAGGAGGACGACGAGGACGACGGCCAAGAGGACGAGAACGGAUCCAAGCGUCGAGGACCCAAGAAAAAGCGGAUGACCAAAGCCCGGCAGGAGCGUUUCCGCGCCAGGCGCAUCAAAGCCAACGCCAGGGAGCGCUCGCGCAUGCACGGCCUGAACGACGCGCUGGAGAACCUGCGCAGCAUCAUGCCCUGCUACUCCAAAACCCAGAAGUUGUCCAAGAUCGAGACCCUGCGGCUGGCUCGCAACUACAUCUGCGCCCUGUCGGAGGCGCUGGAGGGGGGGCUGUCCACGGAGAGCCGAGCGUUCAUGGAGACGCUUUGUAAGGGCCUCUCGCAGCCCACGACCAACCUGGUUGCUGGCUGCAUACAGCUGGGGCCGGCUGUCGGCGUGCGGCCUGACGACAGGCACGCCGUCCGACCGCCGCACAUGGCCAACUUCGCCUCCCCGGGGCUGCCGAGCCCCCCGUACGGCACCUUCGAUUCGGCGCACAUGCUUCACCUGAGGGCCAUGAAAGGGAGACAGUUUGAGAGUCACUCGCCUCACGAGUACAACGAUGGGGGUGUGGGGACCCCCCCGUACGACGGUCCUCCCACUCCGCCUCUCAGCAUCAGCAGCAACUUGGUUCCCAAACAGGAGCCGUCGCCGCACUACCCGCCGCCGCACCCCUACUCCCCGUCCCCGGCGGACCAGAUGGUCUAUCAGACUCACAGCGGCUACGACGGACACUUAGAGGGACAAUAUGACUCCUACCAGCCCCCCCAGAUCCCCCCCCGACAGAUGACCGCCGUCUACAGAGACCAAUGAGCCACGAAAGUUCAGGAAUUUGAGGCUGAAUUUUUGUUGUCUUUAAAACCAAAACAUAUCAUUGAGAUAAAGAUGAUUAUGACUUCAGGCGACUGAUACUCCUGAAGUGUUUGAUGCUUUUACACAUUAAAGGGAGUGUCAAACUCAGUCACACAACGGGCCAAAAUCCAAAACACACAU